AUGCCUGUUUAUGCUGAACAAGCGUUUAGCGCCAAUCUUAUGUUGGCAAUGGGACAUGCACCCGUUAUUAAUAAAUUUACUUUAACUGAAGAAAGUGUUUAUAAAACAAUUGAUGGGAUAUUAUCAAAACCAGAAAAACAACAAAAAUCCAAAAAAUUAAAAGAAAUAUUCCUUGAUAGACAAAUACCAAGUAUGGAAGAAGGCAUAUUUGCUGCAGAAAGAUUGUUAAGAAUUGAUAGUGAUUAUUGGAGAAAAUAUACACAAAGAAUGGGGAUGAAAUUAAAUUUGGUAAAAUUUGUUUAUUUUGAUUUUAUUUUGUUUGUUUUUUGUUUUGCUUUAAUUUUGUGUUUUUAA